ACAUCAGGAUCCCCAUCAGAGUUCCUCCUUACACUAGGAUCCCCAUCAGAGUGCCCCUUACACCAGGAUCCCCAUCAGAGUGCCCCUUAUAUCAGUGUCCCCAUCAGAGUUCCCCCUUACACCAGGAUCCCCAUCAGAGUGCCCCCUUAUAUUAGGAGUACCCAUCAGAGUGCCCCCUUACACCAAGAUCCCCAUCAGAGUACCCCCUUACACCAGGAUCCCCAUCAGAGUGCCUCUUACAUCAGGUGUCCCCAUCAGAGUGCCCCCUUACAUCAGGAUCCCCAUCAGAGUGCCCCCUUACACCAGGAUCCCCAACAGAGUGCUCCCUUACAUCAGGUGUCCCCAUCAGAGUGCCCCCUUACAUCAGGAUCCCCAUCAGAGUGCCCCCUUACACCAGGAUCCCCAUCAGAGUGCCCCUUAUAUCAGUUAUCCCCAUCAGAGUGCCCCCUUACAUCA